GUGAACAGCUUAUUUGAGCAACUGAACCAGGGCAGCCUAUUAAUUGCUUGGGAAAUAGCAGGAAUUUGUAACUGUCUUGGUGCGAGACCCCAGGACGCAAAAAGAAGACUCAUGGCAUUCUUACAUAGACUAUGAGAUAUUUAUUCACACAAACAGUAUGUGCUUUACAAGGAAAACAUCCUGUGUUAGACGACGCUUUCGAGAAUUUGUUUGGCUUCGACAGAGGCUUCAGAGCCAUGCAGUGCUUAUACAGUUACCUGAUCUGCCAUCUAAAACUCCCUUUUUCAAUAUGAACAAUCCCCAUCAUGUGGACCAUCGCCGUCAAGGUCUGCAGGAAUUUCUGGAAAAGAUCCUACAAGAUGCAUUAUUGCUUUCGGACAGUAGGCUUCACCUCUUCUUACAGACCCAGCUUAGCCCAGAAGAUAUAGAGGCUUGUGUGUCCGGACAGACCAAAUUCUCUGUUGCUGAUGCGAUUCACCAGUUUGCCUCCUUGAACAGGCGUUUUCCUAUAGAAGAUGAAGAGAGAAAAAAAGGAGAAAACGAUGCAGGCUCUGACUCGGAGAGUUCAUCCUCCGGGCUCAGACCUAGUAAUGACAGCAUUUCAUGUGGAUGUAAAGCAAGUCCAGCUUCUGAAGAAUCAUGAAAAAUCAUUCCCAUAUCGGUAUCCUAAGGACAGUACAAAGCAGCUUCUGCUCUGUUUGCUGGUUACGUGCACCACGUAAACACGGCUGGCUGGUAGCAUGUACCUGAAAGAUGCGUUGUCGAUACAACCACGUGUCCUUACAAAAUUUUCAAAACAGACCUUGAUACUAUUUCUUUGUUGAUUUGUUAUGUACGUUGAUUCUAGUCUACAUGCUACCUAUUACGUUUAGUUUUUUGUGACUGUUAAAAUCUCAGUAUUGGUUAAGUCAUGCU